ACCACACAUCUCAUAUCCACAUUCUCAAUAAUCCAACUCUUUUUGUCUCUCUUCUGUCUCGCACACUCACAUGCGUAUGGCUGGGGAAACAGUAACACAAACAAAGUGGGAAGGCAAAGCCUGUGUUGAACUAGCAACUCCAACAGCACAAGAAGUUUGGCCUCUGGUGGAGGACUUUUGCAACCUACACAAAUGGCUUCCUACUAUUGAUACAUGUUACCAAGUGGAUGGGAUCCUUGGUCAGCCUGGAAUGGUCCGGUACGUCGCCACCACAACAACAACUUCAUCCAACGGCAAUGAAGAAACGACGAUCAAGUGGGCUAAAGAGAAACUGCUGAUGAUUGAUCCCAUCAAACGGUGUUUGAGCUAUGAGGUUACUGAUAAUAACAUCGGUAUGAAGUCAUACGUGGGGAAAUCCACAGUGUCGCCAAUCAACGAUGAUGGCAAAAAUGGGUGCAAGAUCGAGUGGUCCUUCGUCUGUGAUCCGAUUGAAGGUUUGAGAUCUGAAGAUUUUCUCUCUUAUAUGGAGACUGCUCUCCAGUCAAUGGCAAAGAAAAUGGAAGAUGCCCUCCUAUCUACUAGGUGAAAUCUGGCCCUACAUGCUUUAUAUUUGUGUUGCUACGACUGUUGUUGAUGAAUAAUUUAGCAUAUAUAUGAUCCUUUCUUGUUGUAUCUUGUGAGAGUGACGAUGUAUCCGCUGGAUGUACAAAAUCCCUUCUGUUUGUAUCAACAACGAUAAGAAAAAUGAAAAAACUUAUUAUACUGUGUUGUGUUCAAUGUUCAUCCCAUAAGUUGAAUAUUGAUUAUUGGCUAUAUUCAUGAUGUAUUUGUAGUGUUUAUGUAUGGAAACCUUAUUUAUGUU